UGAGGUAAAUAAAAUAAUAUAGAGUAGGGUUUCAUCUCGCUCCAUACCAGAAGGUGGCGGUAAUGCUUAAUAAGGCUGCUUGCCAACCGCCAUUAAACCAGAGAAGAAGAAGAAAGAGAAGGAGUAACACGACCGACGACAAAAGGCACGAAGGAAUUCUUGAAUGAAAAAUUAGACAAAUCUGUCCGUUGUGAUAAAAAACGAGAGCAUUAGUCAAGAAAGUUUCUCUCAAUUAACUGACGUUCCAGCUCACAAGCGUCUUCUUCAGAAGAUAAUGGAGCCCCCAAAGCAAGCAAAUCCAGACUGCGGUUCUCAGGAAGUGAACCCGGUGUUUCUGCAACAACUCAGAGAGCUGGACAUUCCAGAAGAGGCAGCUAAACAGGCACUCCUGCAUACUCUGAAUGUUUCUGCUGAGGAGGCGGCCAUGUACUACUUCAACAAACUGGAGAAUGAGGAGGAGGGUGAUGAUGACCUGAUGUUCAAAAUGGUGUUUGUGGUCAACAUGGACCUUGCCAUGGGUGUAGGAAAGGUAGCUGCUCAGGUGGGCCAUGCUGCUGUUGGAUUAUACCAAACCCUGCAGGAGAAAAGCAGCUGGAGGGAGAUGGCCUGGAAGUGGGACCACAGUGGAGCUAAGAAGAUUGUAGUCCAAGGCACCAAUGUGUCUCAUCUGUUGGAGCUCCAGGCCUUAGCCAUGAGCCUCAGUCUGCCCACUUACCUGGUCCAGGAUGCUGGCCUUACUCAGGUGGAGUCUGGCUCCCGUACUGUCCUGGCUGUAAUGGGUGAGGAGGAAAUGGUAAACAACGUCACCGGGAGUCUGAAGCUGCUGUGAUGGUCUCCAGACCACAAGACACAAAGGUGUAAUGUCUGACAGCAACAAGCAGAGGGCACAAUUUCCCAAAGAAAGCAAGAAGCUAGCACGUGUUUAACCUUUAACAUGCCAGACAGAAGACAAGUAACCCCACACUAAGUCUUAAAACAUGAACAUUUCCAACUGAUCGUUCUUUUUGAAUUAGUGUGUAGCUUGUGUGCUGCGCUGUUAGGAUUCUGAAAGCAGCGGGUCAAGUCUUUCCACUUUGAAAAAUGCAAUGUUCCCCUGAAGACAUUUCUUCUGGUUUAUAUACACGCACGUCUUGUCAAAUCAUUCACGGACCUAAAACCGUCUUAUUCAGCCCUUUCAUUGAAAAAUGUAACAUUGCUGCUUGUGCGGAGACAUAUAUUCACAUCAUAUAAUAUGCUACUUGGCUGAGCAGCCACGUCCAAAUGGUGCACCAGGUGUUUAUCUUCACGUGCUCGUGCAUAGCUCAGCUGCUCUUGUCACACAAAAUUACAACUUUUUGCAUGACUGUUGGUUAACACCCCUGUUGUUGCUUUCGUCUUUGUUAGCGGUGGCUUUUGCACUCCACUAUUCCUUCUUCGGAACCAUCUUCACUAACGCCCAGUCAUAUGGUCGCCGCUCUGACUACAUGUAUGUCUGCUAGCAUACAAUAGAAAGAGUUAGCACUGAUGCUACAUGGGCACUAGUUUACCUUUUAUUGCAUGUAUUUCACUUCUUUUUUGUGUAAGCCAGCGGUGUCCAAACUUCUCCCUCUGAGAGUCAUGUAGAGAACAUUCAAAGUACUUCGCCUUUUGUUUAGUAAACACGCUAAUCUAUUGUGAGUAUAAAAAAAAAAGGACAAGAAGUUUAAGUUACUCAACUAAAAAUCGUUUUAAUGUGGCCUUAUUCACAAUUAAAAUGCUUGAAUAAAAGAUUCCACAGUAUCCAAAUACUAUUAAAAUACUUUUUCGUAGGGAUGUGCAGAUCAUAAUAAAGUAUGUGAUUACCAUUGCUAAUUAAUGCAUUUUAUUGCUGAUCCCAUAUUGAUGACACAAUUUAUUUUUAGUCCCCAGGCUGACAAGCAGCUAGUUAUGUGUCUCCAUACACAGUGUGGAGCUGCUCCUCCAGGCUAAUGAUAAUCACCUCCAUUACGGCAAAUAAACUGCAUUUAUGAGUCUCUACAGUAUCAUUAUCAUUGAGGACAAGGCUGAACAUAUUACACACAAUGGACGACAAGAAGGAGUUACCGUAUUUUUCGGACUAUAAGUCGCAGUUUUUUUCAUAGUUUGGCCGGGCUCCAGUACGACUUAUGUUUUUUUCCUUUUUUAUUAUGCAUUUUCGGCAGGUGCGACUUAUAUUCCAAAAAAUACGGUAGUUUAAAUGUUGAGUUGAUAUUGUUCAACUGUCAGAUUCAUCAUAGAUCAUUUAAGAAUGAACAGUUAAUACUUGUGAUCGGCAUCGGACGAUUUUACUUAUGGAUGAUCAGAACCGGAUCUGACAGCAUGAAACCCUGAUCGAAGCAUCUCCACUUUUUAGGCACUCUAAUUAUUUUUGUUUACAGUGAAGUCAAAUAUAAGGGAUGAUAAUUGACCAUGAUACAUUUUUGUUAUACUACUGAUAUUUUAAUUACACAAUCGAAAGCUAUUAUAAUUGUAGAUGACAGGUUUCUAUUUUAUAGAAGGUAAUUUGCAGUGUUAUUUAAAAAUAUUAAUGAAUAGCUGAUAUAGAUAGAUACUUUUUUUGCACAUUUUUGUUUAAUAUUUUAGUGUAUGUCUAGUAGUCCCCCAUAAUGUAACGAAACACUUCCCUUUUCAUGCAUAGAAAAAUGCUGUGGCAACAAAUGAGCUCCAGGCCAGACUUUGGACACCACUGCUGUAAAUAUUGAUUUAACGAAGACGCACCUUUGAGUACAGAUGUGUCAACAUGUAUACGUUACUCUCCUGUGUUGUAAUGAUACUGACUGUGUAGUGAUGUUUGCAUACUUGCUAAACAUAUCGUCUCGUCUUGCAAUAUGUGAACUGAUGGGCUUACUAAAUGUACCUUUUUGCAGAUGAAACUGUCAUGCAUGUAUCACAUGUGUACUCACUACUUGGCAGAAAGACAGCACAGCAACAUUAUACAGCCUAAAGAUGAUCUCGUGUAUUCUGACUUUACUAUGAACCAGUACAUGGAGGACGAAUAGUAGAAAAAUAACAUUAAAUCCAUAAAAGAAGACCAAGCACGUUUUUACCAACAAGAAAACAAAUUAAAGCUACAGAAAAAAUGUUAUUACAUUUUUAAGUCAAUUUAAAAAACGUACUGCUGUAUUCUAAGACCAAUGCUCUGUGUAUUUUGUCACAAAAGAUUUAAAAAAAUGUAAUUAUGAGAUAAGUUAUAAUUCUCAUUUUGGCUUUUCAUCUCUGUGUAUUUUGUCACAAAAGAUUAAAAAAAAUGUAAUUAUGAGAUAAGUUAUAAUUCUCAUUUUGGCUUUUCAUCCCCCCACUUUAUCUUUCUAUCUCGAAAUUGUGACUUUUUCCUCAUAAUUCUGGCUUUGUAUGUAAGUAUGAUUUACCAUUGAGGCUGUCACUACGCUAGCGGUUCACGCAUGCGCGACACUUUCUAACCGUUUUUUUUUUUUUUUUUUUUUUAUCUUUAUAAAUUUCGACAUUUACAAACAGUUGAAAAUAAUAAUCAAAGUAAGUACAAAACAGCGCCAGGGGGUUGUAAAUUGAAAGUAACUAAAAUAGAAUGCGAAAUAUAUAUAUAUAUAUAUAUAUA